AUGCCAGGACCGGAUAUACGGGCAGAUGACAACCAUGUUCUUGGAGAGAUGUCCACUGAGCCGACGGCGACAGUCCACAGCGGUGUCGAGGCGAAGGCUGAAAGGAAACUCACUGUUCUGGAGACGCAUGGGUACAUCCUUGGAAGGACCAUUGGAUCUGGCUCUUACGCUACUGUCAAGGUGGCCACCAGUGACAGGCACAACUGCCAAGUCGCGAUAAAAAUUAUAAGCAAAUUCCAAGCGCCCGGCGAUUACUUGAAGAAGUUUCUGCCACGGGAGAUCGAGGUUGUGAAGGGGUUGAAACAUGAAAACUUGAUACGUUUCCUACAAGCAAUUGAGACCACGCAUAGGGUCUAUAUUGUCAUGGAGUAUGCUGAAAACGGUAGCCUUUUAGACAUCAUUCGUAAGGACCAGCACAUUGACGAAUCUAGGGGGCGGCGAUGGUUUCGACAACUCGUCGAGGCUGUUGACUAUUGUCAUGAACGGGGUGUUGUGCAUCGUGAUAUAAAAUGCGAAAACCUACUGAUGGACCAUGGCCUGAACAUAAAGCUAUCGGAUUUUGGCUUCGCAAGAGGUCACAUGAAGCCCAAAAACGGUGUCUUUGCCCUGAGCGAAACCUUCUGCGGUAGCUACGCAUAUGCCUCUCCUGAGAUAUUAAAGGGGGUGCCCUAUAGACCUCAGGACUCGGAUAUUUGGAGUACGGGAGUAGUUUUGUACGCGAUUGUCUAUGGUCGAUUGCCAUUCGACGAUACAAACUACACUCAGCUUCUUAAGCAAGUUCAGAACAAAGUAUCGUUUCCUCGGGAUCCGAAAGUUUCCGCAGAAUGCCGCAAGCUAAUUACAAAAAUUUUGGCGCCCCUCAAAAUCCGCGCUAAAAUACCGCAAAUACUCGCUGACCCCUGGCUAUGUCCCAACCAACCUUGUAAAGAUGAAGAUACAGAUACAAACCAGGAGGCCGCCCACGCGAGCAAAGACGAAAUAAAAAGCGUUAAUAUUGGCACAGUAACGUUCGACCGGAAAUUAGAAGAAGUCAAAUGA